AGGACGUGCCGCUGAAUUGGCAAAGCAAAGGCACAGACGAGCUGAUUAUUUUACUGCCAGCCAUUCAGGCCCAUGUGGAGUUCUUGGAGCCUCCAGAGGAGCCCAAACAGGAGUUAACGCACCCGGAGCAGGAGAGGCUACUGGGAACCAGCUCUUCCGGCUGCAGUUGUGAGGGGUGUGCGGAACGAGUUUUGCGUACUUGGUUCGCCUGAACUGCCUGGAAGUAGCAGAAGUAUAAGGGAGUACAGCAAGUCAAGAACAAAGAACACAUGUGAGAUCCUCCCAAGUAGGAAUCUUCAGGGUUUGUGAUAAACUUCUACCACAGUUCGGGAAUGCAGACCAAGACAAAACCAUCUCUUUUUAGGGAUCUUGAUUAGCUCUGUCAAUUCCACACAUUGUUGGUCAUUGUUAGUACUAUCAUAUAUCAACCAGCAUGACCAUGCUGCCACUGACCAAGUAAACCUACUUAUUGUAUCUUACUGUCACUCAAAUCCUUGCCUGCAGAUGUGAGAGCUUUCCUGACCUUGGGUGUCCAAUCCAUCCUUAUGGACCACCCUUCCAUCCGCGCCACCGGGUCGGACCGGUCCCGUCCCGUGUCCGUCGCGCACACCGUCAG